AUGGGCAAGCUUGACCAAAUAAGCGGCAAUGUCUCUAUGACCCUGGAGAAAUUAUCCGGAAUUCGGGGAUAUUUGGUCCGAACUGAUCCAGAAUGGGAAACGUGGGACUUUAUUAGGUUAACUGAGGCCAUACGACAGUGGGUAAAACGAAAUCCAGUUACGUCAAGCGAGAGAGAUCGAGACGAUAAUCGAAAGAAGUUCUUUCAUGCUCGAAGCGACGAAUACAAGCCUAAGGGUUGUGUAUACUAUGGGGACCCGGGGCAUAAAGCUAACCAGUGUACUAACGUGACAACAGUAGCUGAGCGAAAAGCGAUUCUGUCCAAGAAAAGGCUGUGCUUCAAUUGCGCGACAAAAACGCACCAGACGAGCGACAAAGAGCAGAACGAGAAAAAGUUGAUGACAGAUGGAGGAAGUGGUGAUGGCAUUUUUCCGGUUGUUGUCGUGAAAGUCAAUGGCGUUACUUGUCGAGCAUUGAUUGAUUCUGGCGCCGGUGGCUCGUACGCGUCUGCGAAGUUAAUCGAAGCCCUAAAGUUGAAACCAAACGAAACGAGAUUGCAACGAGUCGACAUGUUAAUGAGUACGAAGACCUCACGAAUGGAGAUGUAUGAUACCUCGGUGUCCUCGAUCGACGGAAGCUACGUCAUGAACGUGAGAUUGACGAAGGUCGGUAAAGACGAACUAUUAUCUAUCAAUAAUCCGGGAUACGACAAGCUAAUUAAGCGUUAUCAACACUUGAACGCAGUACAGAUAAACGACAGCGACACGAAGAAGGAAUUUCCGAUUCACGUCAUACUUGGAAGCGGGGAGUACUCUCGAAUUAAGACCAGCACCAGGCCCCUCGUAGGAAACGAUUGCGAACCAGUGGCGGAAAAAACAAAGCUCGGGUGGUUUAUCAUGAGCCCUGGGGUCGAGUUCGACAAGAGUACGAUGCUGCUGACCCAGACAUCGCAGGCCGAUUUUGAGGAUCUCUGUAGGUUAGACGUGUUGGGCCUUGCAGAUACAAUGGAGAAUGACCAGGACCUUGUGUUUGGCGACUUCAAAGAACAACUUGUCAGAAAUCCGGGGGGUUGGUACGAGACGAACCUACCUUGGAAGCCCAACUAUCUACCUCUACCAACUAACGAGACUGGAAGCCUGCGGAGACUAAACAACUUGAUAAAGCGACUAAAACGCGACGGAGAUUAUCAACGUUACGACGACAUUAUCACGGAACAACUUGAGCAAGGAGUCAUUGAACCAGCGCCAGCGAAUCCUACAGGCAACGAGUUCUACAUACCACACAAGGGCGUAACGAAGAACACAGCCGAAACAACCAAACUUAGGAUUGUAUACGACGCCUCGGCAAAGGAAUCGAACGACAAGCCUUCGCUGAAUGACUGCUUACACCCUGGCCCUCAACUUCAGAACCUACUCUGGAGCGUUCUUGUCCGGUCGCGAUUCUACCCGGUACUACUCACCAGUGACAUCCAAAAGGCGUUCUUGCAAGUGAGGAUUAAAGAACAUGAACGAGACGCAUUGAGAUUCUAUUGGAAGGCUCCUGAAAACAAUGAAGUUCGCGUUUACAGAUUCACAAGGGCGUUGUUUGGGUUGACCUGUUCCCCUUUCCUGCUUGGUGGUGUUAUUCACGAACACUUAAAGAUGUGGGAGGGGAGAUACCCAGAUGUGGUCAAAGAAAUCCGUGAUGGGCUGUAUGUAGACGACCUCAUGACGGGGGGUGCAACUGUUGAAGAAUUCAACGAUAAGAAGAUGAAGACAAGCAAAGUUUUCGAAGACGCCACACCUUUAAACUGCACAAAUGGCACUCUAAUGUCGAAGAUCUUGAAGAAAGGACACCAGUGUUGA